GACAAGGAAACCUGCAUGGGUGUCAACAAUCAAAGUUACAUAUGUGAAACGGGCCACUGUUGUGGACAAUCCCAGUGUUGCAACUACUACUAUGAACUCUGGUGGUUUUGGCUGGUGUGGACCAUCAUCAUCAUCCUCAGCUGCUGUUGUGUUUGCCAUCACCGACGCACCAAACAUCGUCUCCAGGCCCAGCAGCGGCAACACGAGAUCAACCUGAUCGCUUACCGGGAAGCCCAUAACUAUUCAGCCCUGCCGUUUUAUUUCCGGUUUUUGCCAAAUUAUUUACUACCUCCCUAUGAGGAAGUGGUGAAUCGACCGCCGACCCCCCCACCGCCAUAUAGUGCCUUACAUCAGCAGUGCGUCCCAGCAGGCAGCAGUAGCACAAUCCCAGACACACCAAGAAACAUGCAGCCAGCGCAGAGCAGCUCGGCAGCACCCAGUGGCAAUACCAGCAGUACUGACAGCGCCGGGUCCCCCGGCCUUGGGGACCCUGAGCCCUCCACCACCACACUGGUCGAGCGAGCCGUUGCCAAAAUGCAAAGCGUCGAGCCCGGCGGUACCAGCACAGGAGCUGAGCUAGUGGAAAGGAGGGCCGGUCCCGAUAAGGAUACGGAGUGCAAGGAGGAACUGCUAAAAGGUUACAGCUCUGAGAGCUUAGAGCAGAGCAGCGCCAUUCCCGACGUGAAGGACAAGACGCCGGGCAGGCAACGCCGUUUCACCGGUGACUCGGGCAUCGAAGUCUGCGUAUGCAACCGGGGCCAUCAUGACGAUGACCUCAAGGAGUUCGACGGGCUCAUUGAUGAUGCUCUGGACGGGCCUCUGGACUUCUGCGACAGCUGCAGUGGCCACCCCCACAGGGACGAGGAGGAAGGGCUUUUUAAUGCCAUGGAAGAGCAGCACCCUGAACACAGCCACCACCACCUGCCCCGGCAGCCGGUGUGUGUGCUCUUGAACACAAUAAAUGAGCAGGACUCUCCAAACUCUCGUACCAAUAACUCCCCCAGCUAAGGUGGCAAAGCAGAAGGGAGAAUCAGGGGAAAAUAACAAAGAAAUGAAAGUGGAAUAAGAGGAUUAAAACUUUAACAGGAGGAAAGGUGAUACAACCUUUUUUUUUUGUUUAUUUUUCUUUCUUCCCCUCCAGUAUAAUUUGGGGACUAGACCCUGAAGGCCCGGCUUGUGGGGACAGGUUGUUCUGGGUUUUGUUAAUCAUGUCCAUCCUGCUUCACGGGGCAGGGACUGAUGUUUCUCACUGAGACCGUCUAACAAAUGGAACUUUCUCAAUGGUGAUUUUGGUGAUGGUUAUUACGAGUUUGUUGGUUUUAUUUUUCCAAAACACUGCUUUAUCUUGCAAUCAGUAAAGCUCAGCAAAUCUCACCCUGGGAGGAUACGAAAUCACUGUAAAGCUUCAACCUCCAGGUGUCUUCCCAGAAGCAAGCAGCUUCUGACAGUGCCGGCAGUCAGUAGCCCAAGAGUUCGGGUUUGAUAUAGUGCUCUUGAGGCAUUGGGGAUUUCUUUACAUUUUUGCCUUUUUUUUUUUUUCUUUGUGUGUGUUAAGUUUUCCUAAAGCUGAUGAAUGCCUGAACACAUCAGCUGUAUAAUCUCUGGUGCUUCAGUGUUUAAGACAGCGGGUAGGAAAUUUCCCACUUGAAGCUGGUGACUGAAGGACCACUUUCUUCCAG